ACACACUCCGGAAGUAUCUGACGAUCUGACUUUCCCACAUGGCGAAAAUGGCUGAGAACGGGGAAAAACAACAGGCCCACAGACCUGGCAUAUACAAACAAAAAAAUAAAGGACACAAGCAUGGCAAACACCGGACGAAAGGAGAAAUUGAAAGAGAAAACAAAGGACGAGUGUCAGUGAUGAUGCUUACCAAAAAACAGAGGAAGGAGAUAAAGAAGAUGGACAGAAGGCACAAAGCUAACCAGCUACGCAGGAAUAAGAAAGACAUGGUCCUGACAGAAAAGCGGCGCCUGGGCAGCAGGGACGGUCCUCCUCAUUUGGUUGCUGUGGUUUCCCUGCAUGCCGGAGCCGACGCUGGCGCUGUUACCAAACUGCUGCGGCAGGAAGGUGCAGGGGGAAUCGUACAUCAAGAACGGUGCAUCAGUGGUAUCAGUGACAGUUUUGGGAUAAUUCUGCCUCGUUUCAAACAAAGGUUCACCUUUCUAAACCAAAACACAGCUGACAUGCACUCCCUGCUGGAUAUAGCAAAGAUUGCAGAUAGCCUCUUGUUUGUGCUGGACUCCACCGAAGGUUGGGACACAUACGGAGAAUAUUGUCUCUCCUGCCUCUUUGCCCAGGGCCUCCCCAGUCAUGCCUUGGUGUGUCAGGGUGUGUCUGACAUUCCAGUGAAGAAGAGGGUCGACUCCAGAAGAGCUUUGUCAAAGAUUGCGGAGGUCCGUUUCCCAGAUGCUCGUCUCUUCCCUCUGGACUCAGAACAAGAUGCCACGCUCCUCCUCAGACACCUGGGCUCUCAGAGACAAAGAAAGUUGGGCUACCGCUCCAGACGCUCCCAUUUAAUAGCACAGAAUGUCACUUUUACGCCCAACAGCCCUGCUGAGGGCACAGACAACGGGCCUACUGGCCUGGGCACCCUUUGCGUCUCAGGGUAUGUCCGUGGUCGUCCCCUGGGCGUUAACAGACUGGUGCACAUCAGUGGACAUGGAGACUUUCAGCUCAGUCAGAUUGAUGCUCCUUCAGAUCCCCUUCCCCUCAUCCUAACAGCAGCCAGACCAACAAAGCCUGGCAAGGAAGGAGAUGAAGAGAUGCAGGAUGGAGCUGAAACGGAGGCUCCAGUGCGGGUGCUCAUGAAGGCAGACCCGUCCUCCAGGGAGAACCUGCAGGCGGAGGCAGAGGUGGACCCCAUGGACGGAGAGCAAACGUGGCCAACAGAAACUGAACUGCAGGAAGCUGAAGCGGCCAGGAAGAACAAACGCUUAAUGAAGGUCCCCAAGGGAACAUCUGACUACCAGGCCACGUGGAUCGUUGAUGAAAAUGACGAGGAGAAUGAUGACGUGGAUGAAGAAAGCAGUGACGACGACGAUAAUGACGACAUGAUGGAUGAAGCCAUGGAUGGGGACGAUGAUGAGGCCAACUCUCAGGAGCUCGGUUCUGGCUGUGCUUCAGAAGGGGAAGAAGAUGAGGAGGAGGAGGAAGAGGAGGUGUGCUCUACAGAGAGAGUUGGAGCUGAUCAGCGGUAUGACGAACACAUGGAUGAAGCAGCAGAGGAAGAAGGCCUGAAACGCUACCGAGAGGCCCGGUCCCACGAGAUGUUUCCUGACGAAGUGGAUACACCCCUUGACACUCCCGCGAGAAUGCGGUUCCAGCGGUACAGGGGCCUAAAAAGUUUCCGCUCGUCCCCCUGGGACCCCAUGGAGAACUUGCCUCUUGACUAUUCACGCAUCUUCCAGUUCCAGAGCUUUGAGCGCACUCGCCGCCGCAUUUUGGCUGAAGCUGCAGCCGAGGAAGAGGGAGCCAUGGAUGGCUGGUAUGUCACGCUGCAUGUCAUCGAUGUUCCCUCCUCUGUGAUGGAGAGCGUCCAGUCUGGCAAACCUCUGGUGUUGACGUCCCUCCUGCCUCAUGAGCAGAAGAUGUCAGUCAUGCACGUGUUGGUGCGGAGACACCCCAGCAACACCGAGCCAAUCAAAUCUAAAGAGGAGCUCGUGUUCCACUGUGGAUUUCGGAGAUUCCGCGCCUCCCCUAUAUUCUCCCAGCACACAUCAGCUGACAAGCAUAAGAUGGAGCGCUUCCUCAAGCCAGAUGUCCCCGCUGUGGUUUCGGUGUACGCACCCAUCACCUUUCCCCCGGCAGGAGUCCUGCUCUUCAAACAAAGGGAUGACGGCGUGCAGGACCUGGUGGCUACGGGCAGCCUGCUCAGUUGCGACCCCCAGCGUGUUGUGCUGAAGAGGAUCGUACUGAGCGGACAUCCGUUCAAAAUCAACAAGCGCUCAGCCGUUGUCCGUUACAUGUUCUUCAACAGGGAUGACAUCAUGUGGUUCAAACCAGUGGAGCUGCGGACCAAAUGGGGUCGAAGGGGGCACAUUAAGGAGGCUCUAGGAACACACGGUCACAUGAAGUGCGUCUUCGAUAAUCAGAUGCGCUCCCAAGACACUGUCCUGAUGAAUUUGUACAAAAGGGUGUAUCCUCAUUGGACAUUUGAUCCCUACGUACCGGCACCGUUACCUUGGUUCAAGAGCGAAGUUACAGUGGACAUGCAUGACUUGGACAUGGAAUAGAGGAUAGGUAUUAAUAUAAACAUCAGCAAAUGACACUUUAAAAAAAAGUGCAUUAUGUGUUUAAUAAAACAAUUUUCAUGCAUUUUUCUCUUCAAU